UGUAAAAAAAAAUAUAUAUAAUUACAUUCCAUAAAAAAAAAAACGAAUGGAAAAGUUUAAAAAGUUUUUCAUUACAACUUUCCAACGGACGUUGAAGUUUUUGAACUGGGAUCAAAUACAUUGGCGCAAAUUGAGUUAUUAAAAAUUAUUCAUAUAUAUGAUACAAAGCAAACUCUAUUACAUUCGGUUAAAGUCGUUUUCGGUCUGACAAUACAUGGAAUAUUAUCGUGCAAAUCGUUUACACCAAUGCGUCAUGUGACGUCACCCGCAUUGAUCGGACGACACGACCGUCACCCGAUGAUUUCUAACAACAUGGCGGACAUGAAAUCAGUUGUUGUGCAUCAAGAUUUGCACUUCGUGGGUUAAUUUAAAUAAAAAAACAUAGAACUUUCUCACUGAUAUCGGGGCUAAUUGUUAGAAAGAAAUUCUGAUCACUAUUGUGGUCUUUCACUUUGUAACUAGUCAAUAGUACUAUGCCGCGGCGCGGGACAGAGGCCGUGCAGCCUCCGGAGCCCCCUAAAAAGAAACCUAAAGUGGUUUUAGAGCAACUUUCUUUGUUAUGUCCGAGCUUGGACGCUAGUUUUACCGACGACCAGGCCUUGCCGCCAGGUAUUGUGUUUUCGGACAUACAAAAGAAGAAAUGGCGCAUUGGAAAGCCUAUAGGCCGUGGCAGCUUCGGUCGAAUUUAUCUGGCGUCCGACAACGUGGACAAAGAGGUCACUAAGCUAAACGCCAACUAUGUGGUCAAGAUAGAACCACACUCCAAUGGUCCGCUGUUUGUGGAAGUGCAUUGCCUGAUUCGUACUUCUCAAGUGGCAAAAAUAAAAGCAUGGCGCCAACAAAACAAACGGAAACGCAUUGGCAUGCCUGUAUACAUUGCAAGUGGGUCCUUUAUAGACAAAAAGACUGGCAUGAAAUACAGGUUCCUUGUCCUACCUCGUUAUGACAUAGACUUGCACAAAAUCAUUGCUCGGACCAAAGUACUAGACUUGAAGAAUGUUUUAGUACUCGCCUUGCAGAUAUUAGAUGUCUUAGAGUACCUACACAAUCAGGGAUACACGCAUUCGGAUAUAAAAAGCUCGAAUCUCAUGCUCGGAUUUGAGGGUGGCAAAAUAAAUAAAUUCCCUAUGGCAAAAACUUCACAAUCUUUCCAAAAAGAAACAAAAGAAGUAGCAGUGUUGUCAGGAAAACACAGGCGAGUUAAAAGUGGGAAGUCGAGAGCUUCAAACUAUUAUGAUGAUGAGGAUUAUGUGAUUAAAGACUCUAAAGGCUUAAAUCUUAACAAUAGUUGUGAUGAGAAAAGACUGGCCAGUGUUAAACAGCUAAGGAAAAUACUAAACGAUAGAGACAGUAGGACUUUACACAGACACCACGCUUUCAAUCUCAGGCAACUAUCGAGUUAUGUCAACUAUGAGGACAUGACUAGCUCAGUUUGCUCCGAUCAGUCGUACCAGAAGUUGCUUGAUGAUUUUGGCAAUAAAACUCUCAUUAGAACUACUGCAGAGUUCUAUGAAGAUACGAAAAGGAAGAAAACUGAUAUAUUUAAUAAUGACGAAAUACAUAAAGAAGCGAUUCUUUCACAGUCAAAUAGACAGAUUUAUCUGCUUGACUAUGGUUUGGCUUCCAAGUUUCUAGAUUCCGAAGGCAAGCAUAAAGAUUUUGGCAUGGACGCGAGGAAAGCUCAUGAUGGAACAUUAGAAUACAGCUCCAGGGAUUCUCAUAUUGGAGCUCAUUCUAGAAGGUCGGACCUUGAGACACUUGGCUACAACCUGAUUGACUGGCUAACUGGAUCCUUACCUUGGAAGACUGCGGAAGUUCUUGCUGAACCUGACUUAGUCCACGCUUUAAAGAAAAAUUACAUGAGCAAUAUAAAGUCGUUCUUAAAAACCAGUUUUAAAACCGAGUUUUAUCCCCAGUUCAUGGAGAAAUACUUGGAAUACGUCACCAGCUUAGAAUUUACAGAGAAGCCCGAUUAUGACCACUGCAGAAGUCUAUUCAAGAGUGAAUUGAUGAAGAAUGCAGAUAAGGAAGUGUCUUUGAAGCUAGCUGAGCCUCCAAAUUCACCGAUGGGCCGCAAAUUGUGUUACUCAAGAAGGUUUGGCAGGAAGAACACUCCAACAGACUUUUUAGCCAGAAGCGGGAUCAAGAAAAGCUAUGAAAGAGAGAAUGUGUGCUCACUUGAAAAUGACCUGAAGUUGGAAUUGUUAAAGCAAACUAUCAAUAUAUCUAGUGAAGGCAUAAGAAAGCCAUGCACUUCCAGAAACUUUUUCGUUUCUGAUGCAGAUUUGAUUGCUCGUCUGAAAAAGUCGCUCAUGCCUCACGACAUUUUGGGCAAAAAGUUGUCCCCGAAAAACUUACGAUCAAAGAAAAAAGUGCAGAAACGCAGGGGAAAAAGAACACACAGAAGUAGCAUUGGGAAGUUUGGGAAUUUCAUGGGUUCUGCUAAACAAUUUACUUGGGCAGAAAUUCUAGCUCAAAAUCCAGAAGAUAUUAUUCGUAAGGAGCGUAACACAGUCAACAGUGAUGAAGACGAUGACGAAGAUACCUGUAAAUACAGGAUCAGGAAACUGUCAGAUGCUUCAUCAGAAGGUAGCGACUCCCUACAGUCCCCGUUGAUGCAAAAAGACUACUUGCAAGGCGUGAAAUGGACACCCGCUAUGAAAGAAGUCUUAGCUAACUUUAAGAAAAGGCUUGCCGGCAAAGCUAAAGAAACGGAAGAUAUACCGAAAGAACUUCAAGGAUAUACUCCAGCAAUGAUUAAAAUUCAUAGGAUUAAAGAAAAGAGAGAAGCAAAAGAGAUGGAAGCUGUGAAACAAGUUGAAGAAAUGCCUUUGGAGCCUGUUACAAGAACUACCAGGUCAAUGAGGAAAAAAGUAGAAAAACCGAAGACUGAAGCAAAGACUAGGAGGAAUAAAAUUAGCGUGGAUAGCGUUAAGAUAAAGGAAGUUAAGGUUGCUAUUGAAAAGUUGGAUGCGAAAAAGAUUGAGCCAAAAACGAAGUUGAAGGCUAAAAAGAAGGAAGUGAAGAUUGUUGAGCGCCCAAAGUCUCCUGCUAGCAAGAUUAAAAGAUCAUCACCAAGCAGAUCAACGAAAUCUGCAAGAACCAGAAACACCACUGUUCCUAACAACAGACGCCGCCUCCGGAGCAGCAAGCGGAGCGCUUGACGCUGCGACUGUUGUCAAACCAUUCAAUCUGACUCCAUCUCCAUUCAACCGCCUUAAAAUAGAAUAAUCAUAUUUAAUAGCCCAAAUGAAUAAUAGGAAUACAAACGCGUAAAUUCGUGAGAGUCAGAAUGGCGGGUGUACCUAAAUAAAAUUAAAUGAAAACCAUUCCAUAUUUUUGUACCUAAUUUGUACUAUUUAGUACCUCCUUUAAAAAAAAUUGUACGUCACGGUACUUGAAGUUAUUACCAAGAAACAGUACACCCGCCAUCCUGACAGUCAGAAUGGUGGGUGUACUUUAUUACGCUACAUUCCCGUGGUUAUUGAUAAAUUCUAUAAAAGCCAAAUCUUGUACCUUCAUAUUCAAUUAUAAUAUGAGCCAUAUUAUUUGUGGUUUCCAAGUUCUGACUGUCAGAAUGGCGGGUGUACUGUUUUUUGAUGAUAACUUUGUGUACCGUGAGGUACAAUUUUUUUUAACGGAGGUACUAAAUAGUACAAAUUAGGUACAAAAAUAUGGUAUGCUUUUCAUUUAUUUUUAUUUAGGUACACCCGCCAUUCUGACUCUCACGUAAAUUCGUGCUAAAUAUUGAAGCCCUAUUGGCAGGACCGGAUAUAGGGUAUAGCAAGUGGGGCGGCUGCUCUAGGCGCCAAAUGGUACGAGGGCCAAAAUGCCAAAUGUGAAAAAAAAACUUGGAAAAAAGGUUUAAGUGGCGCCGACGCGCAAUUACGCGCGAAAUGGUGGGGCGGGAGUGAUUUCAGCUCUCAAAAAUCCAUAUAGACCGCGGUGCAAGCAAAACUGACUUGCAGGAGUUCGGAUACGACCAUGGUUAGUUGUGUCAAAAAUGAACUGGAAAGUUGCACCACAACGCCACAUUCGACGAACCACAUUGCCCUCGUUGCAAGGCCGCAGGUCGAGCUGCAGGCAAAUAAAGUUAGGACACGACCCAAAGGUGUCGACGGGGAAAAGACAUGAAAGUAUUUCUAGAACGCCUGAAAGACACGGAAGCGCUGCCUAUUGGACAGUGCGCGUCAACUCGUUAAAUACUAGCGCUCGAUAAUCGUAUAAAGCCCGUACAUUGUAAUUCCGUGCCGUUAUCACGCCGUAUAGAGCUCUUUAACCAUCAUCUGAUCUGUAUAAUAUAUGUUGCACUAUUUUACGCGUCCUUAAUUUUCUAUUAUUUACGUCUCUGCUAAGAAUUUUUGGCCCUCGACAAAUAAAAAGGUAUCAACAAAUGUAUUGAAUUAACUUGUCUUGAUUGAUUUUUGUCUGAUUGGGGCUAUAGAGAUUUGUCUCUUAUUAUAUGCAGUCAACAAAAUUAUUAGCUUAAUAGCAUACAUGCAUAUUUUAUAAGCAGGGGUGCUAAGAUAAUAAAGUUUUGCUGACUGUACUUACAACUUGGCAGAGCUGACUCUAAAAUAAUUAUCAAUUGUUUUUGACAUACUUGCCUUAUUGAUUUCAGCCGUUAGUGGACCUUUCGAAUUUUUAUAUAUAUUUGCUGUUCGUUAGUAAGAUGUCUGUGAUUGAUUUUUAUUACAUUCAAUAUUCGUCUAGAAAGUUUGACUUGGUCCGUAGUUAAAUGGUUUAUUCAACUUAUGCAUUAAGUAUAAUUUCGUGUAUGUUUCCAAGCUUUUGUAAUUUCUGGUAGAAAUAUAAUGAUUUUGUUAAAUAAGAA